GGAAAAUUCUAUUGAAAUGUUAAUACUAUCUUUUCUUCUAAUUUAGAUUGGAUUUUGCCAAAAAUUUAGAUGAAGGGAUUUUAUUUCCAGUUCUCCCCUAGGGCAAAUAUUGGAUUCUUGAUGUUGGACAACUUGCAGAUUUAAUUUCAUGUGAUUUAAUAAUACUUUUGUAGUGUAAUUCAUCCAAUAAUUAAAUGCACUACCUUUUUAAAAAAAAAUCUCUAGCUGCCAAAUGUAAAAGACUGGGCAUUGAUCUGAUUGAAUUUAUUUAUGUGAAUAUGGAUAUGAGGAUGUCUAUAGGGGAUGCUAAAUAUUUUGGCCUUUGAGAUUCUUAGCUGUUGCCUUUUCUAGUUGCCAAGAUUAUAGGUUUAGGUCAUUAUUUAUUGUACAGCUUAGAUAUUUUUUUUUUUGGUUGUUUACUUGUUUUUUGUGCACGUGGACAAAUUGGCUGCCACAUGACUUACAAGUUUGGUCAUUAGAUAUUAGGAGUAUGGAGGAAUUAUGCAGCUGUUUGGCACUAUCACUGAUCCAAUCUAAUGUGAACAUGUGAACCUUCGUACAAGGCUCCUUUAGUGGGAUGUUUGAUCAGAUCUCCAACUCAUGGAGAAAAGAAAGAUAAAAGAAUAUGCUAUUUUUUAAAAAUAUUUUAUAAUCAAUUUAUUUGGUAAUUUUAUUUUAUGUUUAUUUAAUGGCCCACUUGUUACUUUUAUUAUUUGUUAAAGUGGGAUGCUUUGGUCUUAUCAUCCUUAUUUGUCAGCUUCUCCUUAAUUUAAGUACUUGGAUCUGAAUUUGAUUGUCUUGCCAAAUGUUAGAUCUAAGUAUUUUUUUUAUGCUUGAUUCUUAAUAUAAUUGAGAAACUUUUUGACUUUUGUCUCCUGGUUCACUUUCCUUGCCUUCCACAAUUAGUUCAAGUGGAAGACUUUUGCUUGACUUGAGGAGAAAUUGAUACAGUUAAGCACCCGUAAUUUUUUCCCCAGCCAUUAUUUGAAAUGACAAUACUAGAUCUAAAAAUUUCAAUUUUCUUCAAGUGAAAAUCCUUAUGAAGCACAGUUGGUAUCUGGGGUUUCACAGAAUUCUGAUUGCCAAGUUCAGUAAACAAUGGGUGCUGGAGGCAGGACGGCUGUACACCCAGAGGGCAAGAAGUCCAAAUCUGAUGUUGUUAAGCGUGUUCCAUAUGCCAAACCAGCUUUCACAGUUGGUGAGAUUAAGAAAGCCAUCCCACCCCAUUGUUUUCAACGAUCCGUUCUUCGCUCAUUCUCCUAUGUUGUUUAUGACCUCAUAAUUGCUUCUCUCCUCUACUAUGUUGCAACGAGCUAUUUCCAUCUCCUCCCACACCCUCUCUCUUACCUGGCCUGGCCACUUUACUGGAUCUGCCAAGGCUGUGUACUCACAGGAGUUUGGGUCAUUGCUCAUGAAUGUGGCCAUCAUGCAUUCAGUGACUACCAAUGGCUUGAUGACACUGUUGGACUUAUCCUACACUCUGCUCUCCUUGUCCCAUACUUCUCUUGGAAAUAUAGUCAUCGUCGUCACCAUUCAAACACUGGUUCCCUUGAACGGGAUGAGGUCUUUGUACCUAAGAAGAAAUCUGGCAUGAAAUGGUAUUCCAAAUAUCUUAGCAACCCCCCUGGCAGAGCAUUCACGCUCCUUGUCCAGCUCACUCUAGGCUGGCCUCUAUACCUGAUGUUCAAUGUUUCUGGGCGGCCAUAUCCCCGCUUUGCCUGUCACUACGACCCUUAUAGCCCUAUAUAUUCAGAUCGUGAGCGUGCUCAGAUCUUCCUAUCUGAUGCUGGUAUCUUCGCUGUAACCUAUGGGCUGUACCGUCUGGUGGCAGCUAAAGGGCUGCCUUGGGUUCUUUGUGUUUAUGGUGUCCCGUUACUUAUUGUAAACGGGUUCCUCGUACUGAUCACGUUUCUGCAGCACACUCACCCAUCAUUGCCUCACUAUGAUUCCUCGGAGUGGGAUUGGUUAAGGGGCGCCCUCUCCACCGUGGACAGAGAUUAUGGAAUUCUGAACAAGGUAUUCCAUAACAUCACAGAUACUCAUGUGGCUCAUCAUCUGUUUUCAACCAUGCCACACUAUCAUGCAAUGGAGGCCACAAAGGCUAUCAAACCAAUAUUGGGUGAGUACUAUCAAUUUGAUGGCACACCAGUGUUCAAUGCAAUGUUCAGAGAAGUGAAGGAGUGUAUGUAUGUGGAGCCAGAUGAAGGUGACAAGAACAAGGGUGUUUUCUGGUAUAAAAAUAAGCUUUGAAUUUAACCCUGGGGGAAAAUGCAUAUUGCAGAUUGAGAAGUUCUGCUGGAGGUUUUGCUUCUCAUGUAUUGGUAAUUUAGAAUGUUUUGGUUGGCAUGUAUUUGAACUUUAUUAAGUUUCUAGAUCAGUGCUAAAUCAUAGCAAUAUGAAUUUAGAUAGGUGUUCAAGCUGGCAAUCUAGUAUUGAACUAGAAUCAGAAAUCCCUAGCAUGUAGUAAUUGCUUUUUCCAUAAAUAAAUGUUCUUGGUUUGAGUUUUU